GAAUUGUCACUUUCGAAGGCACCAUAUUAGCCAUGUUACAAGCCUUUGGAAGUUGGCAACUUUCUGUCAACAUUACGGAAAUGUCUUGAUAGUCUUUUGGGUACCCGUUUAUUCAUUUUGGAAAGAUUACAAUUCAUUCUUUUGGGCGGUGUUGAGUUGCCCCGCCUACUGAAUGUCCCAUCUCAUCGCCUUCAAUCAAACCCGGUAGACAGACCAUGGCGUCGAAACGACCGCCGAGUGUGGGGUUCAUUGAGAAUCCUUUUAUCAAGAAAAGUAACUUGGAAUGGAGACUUAAUGUGCCAGGGUCCAAGACCGAUGAUGGCGGAGAGGGAGAGGGGGAGAAGGAGGAGGAGUUUGAGUUGCGAAAUUGUGCAGCCGAUGAAGGGCAGAAUCGAGACCCUGUUGUGACGAUAAUAACUUCACCACCACACGAACCUGAGCCUGAAGCUGAGCCAAAUACCGAGGCGAUCAAUCUCUCAGCGGCAUUGGAAUCCGGUGCCAUGACGCAACCUGACCCUACAACGCACUUCUUCACCCACCUGGCGCAGCAUACCCUCCACCCCUACCCCUCUCACACACCACACCUCUGCGCAGGACCAGACAUCAGCGUCGACGGCAGCGUCGGUGGCGCUUCUUUGCGGGAUCUCUUCCUCUCGCACGCCGGGUCGAAGCAGGGCGCGCACUUCGUGGUGCACCAGCACGACCACCCGAUCGCGGGGGUGCAUUAUGAUUUACGAUUGCAGGUGAAUGAGACGAGUAGUGUGAGUUGGGCGGUGAUGUACGGGUUACCCGGUGACGCGAACUCUACGAGGUUGAAUCGAAAUGCGACGGAGACGAGGGUGCAUUGUCUUUGGAAUCAUGUUGUUGAGACUAGCUCUGAUGGGGAGUCUGGUGAUGUGGGGGAUGGAGAUGUUGUUCCAGAUCCGCUUGAUCGUGGUGAUGGCGGUGGUGGUGAGGGAGAUGAAAAGAAGUUGUCAGCUAUGGAGAAGGAGAUUCGGGAGGUGGAGGACGAGUUUGUGAGGAGGACGAAUGCGUAUCGGGGCGCGGAGAAUAGUGUCGGGAGCGUGUAUCAGCGGCGGUGGUACCUUUCGCUUGAUCGGGAGGCGUGUGGGUUUGAGAGGAGGAGUGUUGGGGGGAAGAGGAUCUGGGUUUUGAAAGAUGGUGGCGGUGGUGGUGGUAAAGGGAACGAGGAUCGCGGUGGCGGCGACGGUGGUGAGGUUGAUGAGAGCGGGAGGCUGAGGUUUCCGUUCUACGUUCGGGGUCCUGACGUUGAGAGGAGUAUUGUGACGGGUCGGAAGGGGGCUGAGGUUUUGAGGGACGGGUGUGUUGAGGGGUUUGUGGGGAGGACGGGUUGGAGGCCUGUUUUGAACUGAGAUGUGUGAGUCUAUUCAAGGUAGUCCACGGCUUGAGACUCGGGAAUCAAGAUUGGCUCUGGCGGGUGUGGACUUGGAAGGGAAGUGAGGAGGGGGCGAGAGGAAUUCUUAAUGGGACGGCACCGGGCUACUCGCCCAAACCCCAAGACUUCUCACACGAAAUGACACCUGGCUAUAGGUCCCUAAUAUGUAGCUUGACUUGCAUUCACGUAGCUCAGGGCCCGAAGUGGUGGGCAUGAGGCGAGCUGAUAGGAGUUAUGGUAAAGAAUCCCGGCAUAGGGGUUGAGGUUU